AUGCAGAAUACAGACAAACCAUGCACUCGAUCAAAUUCUUUGAAUUUAUUUUUAAGUCAUUUCGAUAAGCUCUACAUGGGAAAGACUGAGCAGAGACACCCUCUGAUAGUUACUGCAGUAUGUCUGAUUCGGAGACGUAUCGUUACUCUUUAUUUCUUUAUUUCUGUAGGCGUUGGUAGCGACAGAAAUGAUGUCAAGCGUUACAGGAGUGGUGGCGGCGGAGACGAGCCAUUCGUGGAAACCAUAUACGAGCCGGUGCAGUCAGAGGACUCGUGUAAAAUCGUGUCCGUGUGCGUUUCGCUGCCGAUCGUCAAGCAGCCUGGCGUGUACUACUUUCCGGCAUGCAUUGACAUCGCACAGUGCCUUGGUGGCUGCUGCAAAAGCUCACAGCAGUGUCAUCCAACGUCAGCGGACCCGCGAUAUCAUCACGACAUAAGUCGGCCUGAAAAUGACAUAGUUUGCAACAGGAAGUUUACUCAUAAGGUUAUUAAAACUCCACGGAAAAUCAUUCGCUGA